AUGUUUUUGAAGCCACAACAAAUUGCAUAUUCCACUAAAGCAAAGAAGCAAAUCGAGAAAUUACAUGAAGCAAAAACCAGCAUAGAAAAAAGAAGAGCACUAACUAGAAAACAGCGCAAGAGGGCCAAAUGGUUACAAAAGCGCGUUCUGAGCAGUGUGGUUAUUGAAUGCGAACUCUGCAAACAUAAGACCUCCAUAGAAAUGCAAAAACCGAGUAAGACAGGACGUGAUAGCGAAAAUACAGAAACUGCAGAUUUAGAGGAGACCGCUACUCCUGAAUCAAUUACACCGACACCAGUGGACGCAAAAAAGAAAAAGAAGAAAAAUAAGGAUAAAACAGCUGGACUGAAACUUGACAAAAGCAAAAACUUAACAAAAACUAAUAACAAAAUACAAGCUAAAACUAGUGUUAUUAAGCAAAAUGUUCCGGCAGCUACCAUAAAACCACUGCCAAGUAAUAAAGUUGUCACUAAGGUUAAUCCUUCAAAUAAAGUAACAACUAAAUCCACCACCAAUCUUAGCCAGCCACUCAAAACUAAAAAACGAAAGCAGAAAAAAGCUAAGACUACGAAUAUAGCAACAAAGCUGCUACAAUCUAAAACACAACAACAAAAUUCACUGCUACAACUGGCAGCUUUACUAAAAUCGCAAACAGCUACUAAAUCUGCCGCUAAUGCGACGCAGAAGAGAUUGGAAUCGUUACUUAAAUAG